CUAUCGAUUAUGGAAGUUGGAAGGAAAAAGCUCAUCGAUGCUUAUAUGCGUAUUAUUUAGUUUUUUUUUGGCAUUAGAAGUAUACAACACUUGAAAAUUAGUAUUAUUAUUUUUUUUAUAAUCGGCCGUGUGUGUGUGUGUCGCGAGUGUGUGUCAGUCAGUCAGCUGUUACUAUAAUUCCCCCGAAACCAUCUAAACAAAUACGAAAUAUUAGAAAUAAGUAGGGCCAACGUGCAAAACGAAAUAACAAAUAAAUCAACAAAAAUAAUAAUUGGGACCUAUUCUAUCUACGUAUUACCUAUGACGCAGCCAAAGAUAAAAGCUAAUAGCAGUAGUAUAUGGUAUACUAUAAUUUGUAUAGUCGACCUUAAUUUUAAGAGAUUUUAAUGCUGAGCUAAUCUAGAGAAACCCAAAGCCAAAACGAACAAAUACAAAAAAAAGGAAGAUAAUAUCUGAAGCUCUAAAAUGGCAAAGGUCAGUAACUGGGACAAGUUUGUCCUGUUACUUUGGAAGAACUGGACCCUCCAAUGGAACCACAAAUGGCAGAUGAUCAUCGAACUGGUAUUGCCGGCCAUAUUCUCCCUGCUCCUGGUUCUGGUCCGCACCCUGGUCGAUACGGAGCAAAUGAAUACUAGGGAGUACCCCGCUCUCAACAUUACAGAUCUGAGUUUGCUGAAGAAUUCGUUGCAUAGAUCGUCCUACCUUGGCAAGCUCCUAGCGCUGAUUGCACCCAACCAACAGAGGAGUUCGCUGCAUGGAAUCAACAACUUCAAGUACAUGGUGUGCUACUCCCCGACCAGUCCCGCCCUGGAGCGACUGGUCACCGAAGCCAUCUACAAUCUGGACCCAGGAAUGGCGGAGCCGUGCUCUUCGGCCAAUGCCAUGCAGUUGGAGGAUGAUGUGAUUAGCAAAAGUGCCUUUGCCGGCAUCCAGUUCGAUGAUUCGUGGGCGGGAAGUGACUCAUUGCCGGAUGAUUUUCGAUUCUCGCUGAGAUUUCCAUCCGAACUGAGAACGGCAACGAUCGCGAUCGCAAACACAUGGCUGACGAUGCGACUAUUUCCGACAAUCGAUCUGACGGGUCCCCGGAACGAGGGCGACGUCGAUGGCGGCAUACCCGUGGGCUAUCUCCGUGAAGGAUUCCUGCCACUGCAGCACCAACUAUCGAUGGCGUUCUUAAGGAACAAAACGAAUGGAGUUGGAGAGCUGCCGGACAUACAUAUGCAACGAUAUCCGUAUCCAUCGUACAUUUUCGAUCCACUUUUGGAGGGAAUGUCGUCGAUAAUGUCACUGAUCAUACUGCUGAGCUUCAUAUAUCCCUGCACUUAUAUUACAAAGUUCAUAACCGCCGAAAAGGAGAAACAGCUCAAGGAAGUGAUGAAAAUACAGGGUCUGAGCAACUGGCUCCACUGGACGGCGUGGUUCGUCAAGUCCUUCAUAAUGCUCACCAUAUCGGCCAUCCUGAUAGCCAUUCUGGUGAAGAUCCACUGGUCGGAGGACGUGGCCGUGCUGACACAUGCCAGCUUCACGGCCCUGGUCUUCUUCCUGAUCAUCUACUUGAUAGCCAGUAUCUGCUUCUGCUUCAUGAUGGCCACGUUCUUCUCCCGGGCGAGUACUGCGGCGGCGGUCACUGGCCUCAUUUGGUUCAUAGCCUACAUACCGUACUCCUUCACGAUCAACUCAUACGACAGCCUGACCCUCGGCUCGAAACUGGGCUGGAGUCUGGUCUCGAACACGGCCAUGGGCUUCGGGAUUAAACUGAUCCUCGGCUUCGAGGGUACGGGCGAAGGCCUCCAAUGGAGUAAUAUCUUCACACCCGUCUCCGUCGAUGAUACCCUGACGAUAGGAGCUGUGAUGAUAAUGAUGCUGGUGUCGUGUGUCCUUUACAUGACCAUCUGCCUCUAUGUGGAGCAGAUAAUGCCGGGCAGCUUUGGAGUGCCGAAGCCAUGGAAUUUCCCCUUCACCCGGGAGUUCUGGUGCGGGGAACGGGAGUACACGGGCGUGGAGGACAUACCGAAUGGUUAUCUGGAGCAGCGUGAUCCCAAUGCCUUCGAAUCGGAGCCGGCCGGCAAGCACAUCGGUCUUCAGAUGCGACAUCUCAAGAAGAAGUUCGCCGAUAAGCUGGUCGUCAAAGGCCUCUCGAUGAACAUGUUCGAGGAUGAAAUAACGGUGCUCCUGGGACACAAUGGAGCGGGCAAGACAACCACAAUAUCAAUGCUAACUGGCAUGUUCCCACCCUCUAGCGGCACGGCGAUCAUCAAUGGCAGUGACAUCCGAACGAACAUAGAAGGCGCCCGGAUGUCCUUGGGUAUCUGUCCUCAGCACAAUGUCCUCUUCGACGAGAUGAGCGUGGCGGAUCACAUCCGAUUCUUCAGCCGCAUGAAGGGAUUGAGGGGCAAGGCCGUGGAGCAGGAGGUGGCCAAGUACCUGAAGAUGAUCGAGCUGGAGGACAAGGCGAAUGUCGCCUCCUGCAAGCUAUCCGGCGGCAUGAAGCGGAAGCUCUCCGUCUGCUGUGCCCUGUGCGGUGACACCAAGGUGGUGCUCUGUGAUGAGCCGAGUUCCGGAAUGGAUCCAUCGGCCAGGCGGCAGUUGUGGGAUCUCCUGCAGCAGGAGAAGAUCGGCAGGACACUGCUGCUGACCACACAUUUCAUGGACGAGGCGGAUGUCCUGGGCGAUCGGAUUGCAAUCAUGUGUGAUGGGGAGCUGAAGUGCCAUGGCACUUCCUUUUUCCUCAAGAAGCAAUACGGUUCUGGCUACCGAUUGAUCUGUGUCAAACGCGAUGACUGCCAAACCAACGAGGUGACUGCCCUGCUGAACAAAUAUAUUCCGGGUCUGAAGCCGGAAUGCGAUAUCGGUGCUGAACUCUCCUACCAAUUGCCGGACAGUGCCUCCAGUAAGUUCGAGGACAUGUUCGGGGAGCUGGAGAAGCAAUCGGAUGGACUGCACUUGAAUGGUUAUGGCGUUGGCAUCACCUCCAUGGAGGAGGUGUUCAUGAAGGUGGGCGCCGAAAAGGAUAAUACCGGUAACCUGAAGGAUCCCAGCGAAAUAAUGAACGGCGGCACCGGCUACCGUGGUCCCGGGGACGACGACAACGAAUCCGUACAGUCCGAUGGCAUCUUCUCGGAGAAUCGACGUCUCCUCAACGGCCUCCAGCUGCUGUCCAAUCAGUGGAAGGCCAUGCUCCUCAAGAAGUUCCUCUACACAUGGCGGAAUAAACUGCUACUCCUCAUCCAGAACAUAAUGCCAGUGUUCUUUGUCGUUGUCACCAUUCUGAUAAUUAAGACCCAGGGCACUUUCCAGGAACUGAAACCGAUUACCUUCUCCCUGACCCAAUACCCAGUGGCAGUUACGGUCCUGGAUCGAUACGAAGCCGUGAAUGAUAGUCCCAUUUACAAGUAUUCCCAGGCAUACGAGGUCUUGUCGAAGUCGUACGGCAAUGAUUUUGGCUUGGAGGUGACGGAAAAUCAGAAUUUUACGAGGCACAUCUUGGAGCUGGGAAAGACGAUCCAAGUGAGGGUCAACUCCCGCUACCUGGUGGCCGCCAGCUUCAAAGCCACCAACAUCACCGCCUGGCUGAACAACCAGGCCCUCCACACGGCCCCACUUACGGUGAACAUGGUGCACAAUGCCAUUGCCCAGACCCUGUCGCCGAACAUCAGUAUAGAGGUGACGAACGCACCGCUACCGUACACCACCAGCACAUUACUCUCCCAGCUGAGCACCGGGAAUAAUCUGGGCACCCAACUGGCCUCCAAUCUGUGCUUCUGCAUGUGCUUUGUCAGCUCCAUUUAUAUCCUGUUCCUGAUCAAGGAGCGAGAGUCGCGAGCGAAGCUCCUACAGUUUGUCGGUGGCGUUAAAGUCUGGACCUUCUGGUGUACACAGUUUAUAUGUGACUUCGUCACCUAUGCGAUCACCGCCUUCAUCGUCAUCAUCACGAUUGUCUGCUUCCAGGAGUCGGGAUUGUCGACAUUUGGGGAACUGGGACGUUACUUUUCCCUCCUCCUACUCUUCGGAUUCGCCUGCCUGCCCUUCAUCUACAUCAUGUCCUUGUUCUUCAAGGAACCAGCCACCGGUUUCGCUCGCGUCUCCAUCGUCAAUAUAUUCUGUGGAAUGGCUCUGUUCAUUGUCGUUGUGGUGAUGUCAUCCGAUUUCUUUGAUACCAAGGAUACGGCCAAUAUAUUGGGAUGGAUAUUCCGCAUCUUUCCGCACUUCUCACUGGCCAUGGGACUGAACAAGGUCUACACGAAUACGGCGACCAGGAAUGCCUGCGCCAAGGUCGGCUCCAUACCCCCAAUAAUACUCUGCGAAUUGGUGCCACAGUGUUGCAAUAUCAAGCCCUAUUUCGCCUGGGAGGAGCCUGGAGUCUUGCCAGAAACCGUCUACAUGGCCGUCACUGGUGUCGUUUUUUUCCUAAUCAUCAUCGUCUUGGAAUUCCGAUUGAUCAACGAACUUAUCUACAAUAUCCGUAAAAUUGUAUCGAAGCCACCGCCACCACCUCCGGAUGGUCAUUUGGACGAGGACGUGGCCUCCGAAAGGGAACGCAUCCUCAACAUGAGUUCCCAUGAGUUGGCCAACAAGAAUCUGGUUCUGGAUCGUGUCACCAAAUAUUAUGGACAAUUCUUGGCCGUCAAUCAGGUGUCGCUCUGCGUUCAGGAAGUCGAGUGCUUUGGGCUGCUGGGCGUGAACGGUGCCGGCAAGACGACCACCUUCAAGAUGAUGACUGGCGACGAGCGGAUCAGCUCCGGAUCGGCCUAUGUCCAGGGUCUGAGCCUGGAAUCGAACAUGAACAGCAUCUACAAGAUGAUCGGCUACUGUCCGCAGUUCGACGCCCUGCUGGACGACCUGACGGGCCGGGAAAUGUUACGGAUAUUCUGCAUGCUGCGUGGCGUCCAAGAGUCCAGGAUCAAGCAGCUGUCGGAGGAUCUGGCCAAGUCCUUUGGCUUCAUGAAGCACAUCGAUAAGAGAACGCAUGCCUACAGUGGCGGCAAUAAGCGAAAGUUGAGUACAGCCAUUGCCGUAAUCGGCAGUCCGUCCGUCAUCUAUUUGGAUGAACCCACCACGGGCAUGGAUCCCGCCGCCCGGCGUCAGCUGUGGAAUAUGGUCUGCCGCAUCCGGGACUCUGGCAAGUCCAUCGUCCUUACCUCCCACAGCAUGGAGGAGUGCGAGGCGCUGUGCACCCGACUAGCCAUCAUGGUGAACGGGGAGUUCAAGUGCAUCGGCUCUACCCAGCAUUUGAAGAACAAGUUCUCCAAGGGUCUGAUCCUCAAGAUCAAGGUGCGUCGCAAUCUGGAGGCGGUGCGUCAGGGGCGAUUGAGUGGCGGCGGUUUGGCAGGUAAUGGUAGUGCCUUCCAGGUGAGGAACGAUGAUGAGUUGCCGGUGGCCGUCCAGCUGGCGCAGCAGGAGAUCGAUGCCGUCAAGGAGUUUGUGGAGCGCGAGUAUCCGCACUCGAUACUACAAGAGGAGUACCAGGGCAUCCUAACGUUCUAUAUACCCCUGACGGGGGUGAAAUGGUCCCGGAUCUUCGGCCUGAUGGAGAGCAAUCGGGACCAGCUGAACGUGGAGGACUACUCGGUGAGCCAGACGACGCUGGAGGAGAUCUUCCUGGAGUUCGCCAAGUACCAGCGGGAGGAUACGCGAGCCAACCAGCAGCGGUAUGAUGUGAAAAGGCUGUGCAAGUGCCUGCUAGCAAAUGAGUAUUGAAAUGAGCUGAAACAACUACCUGAUAGGAUACUAAUUCUGAUUCUGAUCCUGAUCCUGAUCCUGACCUCAACUCACGGCACAUACACAGAGAGAAAAGCGUAUAUAAUAAUGUAUAGAGUAAUGGGCUAAUGAGAACUACACUACACUACAAGUUUUUGUACCAAAAAAAAAAAAAAACGCUACAACAGAGACACACAAAAAACAAAAAAAUAAUAUAAGAUCGACCAGACAAUAGAUAGCUGCUUUAAUGCCUUAUUUCAUUGUGAUCAUCUAGAGGAACGUACACUGUAAAAAAAAACAGAGAUCUAUUUAUAUAUACAAAUAUGUAUGUGUGAUCUGAAACUUAAGUACCAGUGACUUAUAUAUAUAUUUUUUUUAAUCUUCAUUCAUAAGAGAAAACAACAAAAAGUAUUGGCCAAAAAAAAAAAGAGUGUACUUAUUGGUCGAAGUAACUAUUCCCAGCGCUAAUAAUUAUAAUAGUAAUUGUAUUUAUUUCGAUGUACUUAGACACUCUAACCAAAGCUGUAAUCUGUAAAUAGGACAAUUUUAAACUGUGGCACAAACAACAACUCUACGAUACAUAUGAGAAUUUACAAAUUAUGUUAAAUGUAUACUUUACGAUUGAAAUUAAAUUUUAUCUGUAUGUAA